AUGGCUAACGCUUCUGAGUCGCCCAGGCGUCCAGCGAGCGCCCACCUAGCCUCGCAUCUCCAAUACCCGACCUUCCCGCCGCUCUCAGCCUCCGUCGACGAGUGGUUGUCCCGCUCUCGUCCAGCCAACAACAUGACGUCAGAUCAACCCCUCGAUCUGGCUUCCAAGGCCCUCAGUGAUAGCUGGGCGGAUCUGAGUGUGUCGGAUCUACACUCGGAAGAUGGCAGUCGUUCGGAACACACCGAUAUUGGAUCGUUGAUCGACCAAACUAGCCCCGACGAUGUGGCCAGCCUCGACGAGCGAUACAGCAGCAGCGAAGUCGGUCCCGAAGAGUACCAGCAGGAAGACGAGAAUGGAACCCGAGACGAGCUGCAGGGUGCUACAGUCUCUCAGCAGUUUCCGAUACUGUUCAGCCAGGGCGAAGCCGCGAUCGACGAUAGCAACCUGACGGCCCAGCCCGUCUUCCGUCAAUCGAUCGACUCGAUCGAGUUUGUGGAACCUGAGAAAUGGCCGGAGAUGGAGCGAGUUGAACUGAAGCAUACGAUUCACAUCUUCGAGGAGGCUACGGCUUCAGAGAUGAAGGGUUGGCUACCGCAUAACCUGCACGACUCUAUUCUCAUGGCCACCGUGAAGCAAACCAUGACGAAAGUGAGCCUCGAUCUAGAUAAGCCUUAUCGCGUGCUAUAUAUCGGGCAACCGGAUUCUCGGAACAUCAUUCUGGACAAGAUUGGGGAUGUCCUGGUGUCGAGCUCCACCGCUGGAUCACAGACCAGCUCUGCUGAAUCCUCCCGCUACCAUGUGGUGCCAACCUCAUUUGGAGCUGGUGCGGUGCCGAACUUUGCUGAACUCCUCCCGAUUCAUGUCCAGCUUGUCGUGGACGAGUGCAAAGAAGCUAGCGCGGAGUCCCAUGAAACUCAACCCAGCACCUUGCAUUUAGACUUCAAGAACCGCCCUUCAUGCCGUUCGUGGUGGGACGGAGACGAAUAUCGUAUUUCUUCUGCGUCGGAGUGGACUUUGCCAGACGUGGCCAUCCUGUUCGUGUCUGGUCGGGAUAGUCCAGCUGCCAUCAAGACACGGCGCUAUGUUCAUGCCUUUUUGGAGCGGCAUGGAAUUCCAGCCAUGGUGAUCUCGGAAGAACCGCUCUGGAAGCUUGCUGGGGAGCCCAUCCCUGUGAAUCACAACAGUCUGCAUAUGUGCCUGGAAUCUCGACACUCGCAAACUGGGCAAACAGCGGUUCUACGCCGUUAUCCCAUCGACUUGAAGACAUUCGAGAGUAUCACACCCGGCCAACUCAACAGAAACCUGGCUUUGCUCAUGGACCUCUAUCCCAAGAAGACACCCAAAGUCAUCGCUAACACCCCGAAGCCGGUGGAAAGAUACUCCCUCGCCGACCCGGAGAAAUACCCACGCAACUGGCUUCCACCGUCGUAUGCCACCCAAGCCCGUGAGCUUGGGCCCAUGCUGCGUCUGAUCACCCUGACCCUUGCUUCGGCCAUAGCUCUCUCAAUCGGGUACGCGGCUUUGAGUACUGUUUUUAUCUCCGUCUCGCAAUGGAUUUCAGGACCAGGGCUUUCCGAUGCCGCACCGUCGUCAUUUUCUCCUCUUUCGACGAGUUCUUUGGUAGUAGCGCAUGUGCCACAGACCUCGGUGUCUACGUGGCCGUCGGGUCAAUCAUGCCAUCCACCCAGCAAGCCCUCGGACAUCAUCGACCAGAUGCUCACAAUCGCAGACUCAGGGUCUUCUGGAAACCUAGACGUCUUUGAGAUUCAAGUUGUCGGAGACUGCCAUGUGGUUAUCAAGCCCCCUCGCCCCCUUGCGACAUCCAAGAAACAACCACGAUUCAAUGUGAGCGUGUAUCGAUACGAUCAACCUCUCUCCUAUGAGCUUUCCAAGUUGUUUGAGGGCGUCUAUACGAUCCGGCUGGUUCGGGAAGAUGCAUAUGGCUUGGUCAACGUGACCGUCUCUGCCAAAUCGAAGCCACCCGUCAAUCAAAUUACGACCGUUGAUUUUGGAACUCCGUGGCUAAAAAUCGCAAAUUGGAGAUGGGCGGCACAAAAGAUCUCUUCACAAGUCACAAAGGACUUGCAGGUAGCCCAAACCAGCCUGGCUGAAGUGUAUGGCCGCGUCUCCACCGACGUGCAAGUGAGGAUGGGCGACCUUGUGGAGCGGUCCCAUUUCCUGCACCAAGACAAUCUUCGGCGCCAGAGUCUUCUCGCGCGGGAUACUAUUCUAUCGCGAUCAAAGCAACUCUCCGAGGUCAUUACCCGGAAUGCUCUCCAGCAGUUCCAUAGCGUCUCUUCUCUUCUGCAUAGCCGAUCUGUUCGGGUCGAACAAGAGGCCAGAGACCUUGUCAGUGACGCCUGGAACCGCCUGGGAGAAUCAGCGUCCCAGGUUGAUAUACACUCCAUGAUGGAUCGAGUGCGCAGUGCUAAGUGUGCCACGCUGGAUCGGGCCCAGAAACGCGCACGGCGCUUUGUGGGGCGCCGGGGCGGCGAUUGA